AUGGACGUUGUGUUGACAAGCGCUGAAUCAACGGUAGGGGAUACAACAUCAACAUCAAAUGAAAAGAGGAAGAAAAAGCCGUUAUCGAAGUCACGAUCGACUGUCGGUGAUGACGACCAGAUCGAGUACAAGGCUGGUUGGGUUGUACGAAAGUGUCUUUUUGACAGGGAUGGAAAACGAAGUAAUUCCUGCCAGCAUUUUGGUGUUCUUUUGAUGACAUAG